UGCGUAGAAUUCGCUGGUAAUGUAAACUAAGUUGGUGCAACGUACAGUGCACGAGAUCACCACCCAAGUUUUGACAAGUACCCAAGUUUGGCGGCGCUGAUUGGUGUAUAAAUACACAGGUCUGGUACGGGCUACCAUGUAAAGGCUAAUCAGCAUCGCCUGGAAAUUUCUUCGAAAGACAUCCGGGGACCUCGUAUCGAAGAUAAUCGGGAUUGACAAGGUCUCCUUGACCGCCGAACGUGAACCGUGCGGUCCUCGAGGACCGUUCACCAACGGACGAUAAACGCUGUAACAACGGCCGGAAUUAGGAUGAGGGGUGACUCGGCCGUAAGACCGGGUAAACGCCCCAUGCGAGCGUUGUCACCCUCGGAAAAAAUGGAGGCGAUACAGAGGGUCCACGAUGGCGAGAGCAAGGCAUCGGUGGCUCGCGACAUCGGUGUACCUGAGUCGACGCUGCGAGGAUGGUGCAAGUCUGAGCACAAAAUUAGGGGAAUGGCACGUAACUCGUGCACACCGGACAGCGACGCUCAUUCCCCGGCCUCUACUUCUGUCAACGCGACAAGUUCCUCGGUGCCCGGUAACAGCGAGGACGAAGGAUGCAGCGCCAAGAGAAAGAAAAAUGAGACUGACGGUGCUUCGCUGAUGGAACAGCUGGACGUCGGCAAACUCAACGGCGCACAAUCAAAGAUCGGCUACGCCGCCCUGAUGGCGGGCGUAGCUGCCAUUAGACCCGACGUCAGCGGACCCAUGUUACUUCGGCAGCUCGGUCUUCUUUCAACGGCGACCGGUGCGAUCGGUAAAAAUUUGCUCCACGUACCGUGCGGCGGAGGGAUGCCAAACAGCACCGUGGUAGGGCUCGUUGAGAAUGGACUUCAGUACACGAGGAGUGCCCUGAUAAACAAGAAACGGCAUAGCACGUCCGCGGCGGCGCCGAGCCAGUUACACACGGUCGGCAAAUCCGGAUCGGGGAACAGCAUGCCACCAGCGGCCGAGGCGCCGUUCGCUCCGGCACCGGCAUCGCCUCGCAAGACUGACGACGAUUGCGAGAAUCCCGAUGAGGUGAAGAACGCGGGCGAUUCCGCGAUCAGUAACGGCGGAAACGGCGGAAACGGCGGAAACGGCGGCGCAGCUGCGGCGGGCAAGAACGUGGACGAGGCUCUGUGGGAAUGGCUGAAGCAACAGCAGCAACUACUCGGCCAACAGUCGCUGGUAUUUAAUCCUGUCGGUAGUCAGGAAUUUGCCGGUUCAUGGUUCUGGAAAUGGUACAAGCAUUACGGAUCCGCACAUACCGCUCUUAUACCGGGGGCCGUUGCUAAUUCACCCGCCGAGACGAGGGGCCUGCUCGAUUUAAUUUUUUUAAACAACGCCACCAGCAGCGGUAACAACACCAGCGCAAACGAGGAUGGGGACGGUGAAGAGGACCUGACGCAAAACUCCCAAGUUCAACAACCCAACGGCGAAACCGACGAUGCACAGCUGCCGAUGGAAGAAGCCAUCGGCCACGGUGAGAGGUUCCUCGCGUGGCUGGAAGGGUGCUCGGAACCUUGUGUAUCGCAAAUGCAAAUCAUGCAGUUUAGAUAUUUAUUGAACAAUUUAAAAAUGUGCAGUAAACCAAGGUCCGCGUUGAAACGAAGGAGAAAAUGAAUUUAAUAUAGUUUGCAUAUCGUCGUAGGCAUAGGGAACCUGCGUGUAAUAUUGGAGAGAUGGUGAGUGAUUCGUAUUUUUGGAAUUAUCAACCUAAUAGAGGACUGAUUGUUCGUGAGACGUCGAGAAAAUUAUUUUAUUGCCUUAAAUCGGUGAAACUGGAGAGCUGACACGGACGUGAUAACGACAUCGGGGAGGAGGGGAAGGCACUCACUCCACUGUACAUAAGCUGUAUCACUGAGACAUGGAAGUAAUACCAAAAUCAGAAUAUAGUCGUGACUAACUUUAAACAUUGCUGAAAUUUUAUUCCUAUACGUCACUAAUCGUUACCGUGUAGGCAUAGACGCUUAGAUAUGUAUGUACCUAAUUAUUACCUCGCUCCGGUAGUCGGAAAAUAAUUACAAUGAAUAUAGAUACGUCGUGCAUGCGAUCACAGUGACAAUUGUUCACAUAUUCUCAGUAGUUUAUCAUUUUUCAUCAAUACCCGACUACUUGCGGAGAUCUAUGAAUAGGCUAGGAUUGAUACGGACAUUAACUGAAGCUGGUAGGCAGAAAUCGAGCCAAGAACUUACCAUGAGA